AUGAGUGCUCAAAUUGUGGUGACAGUCAUCGGACAUGAUCCAGCUUUGAGCGAGGAAUUUAAAGGUGAAAUUACCACUUUUCUACGUGGUCUAGAAGACGUAAAAAUUGACUCUGAAGUGGAACUAUCUGCCCGUGCCCAGGAUUACUUCCUCAGUACCUCCCAAAGCGUUUCAAAUUUGCGCCAAAUGCUGAAGACUGUUGAAAGCGACAAUUCGGACAUUAUUGUGCAGGAAAACUCGAAAUUCCGUAAAGAAAAGGGUUUGGUAGUGUUCGAUAUGGACUCCACUCUGAUCUACCAGGAAGUGAUCGAAUUGAUCGCUGCAUAUGCACAAGUCGAGGAAAAAGUCGCUGAGAUCACAGAGCGUGCCAUGAAUAACGAAUUGGAUUUCAAACAGUCACUUGCGGAGCGUGUAGGGUUGCUCAAAGGCAUCAAGACGGCCACGCUAUACGACGAAAUAAAACAGAAACUGCGGGUCACUCAAGGCGUACCUGAAUUGUGUCGUGGAUUGAAAAAGAUGGGGUGCAAGCUAGCGGUACUGAGUGGGGGGUUCACUCCAUUCGCCAACCACAUGAAAGACGUGCUAGAGCUAGAUUUUGCCAGAGCCAAUGUUUUGGCCACGGAAAAUGACCCAAGUCAAAACGGUGUUGAAAUCCUUAGCGGACACACUAUUGGAGAUGUAGUGGACGGUGAAUGCAAAGCGCAAACUUUGCUGGAACUGGCCCGUGAAUACAAGUUGCCCGUGGAAUCAACCGUGAUGGUGGGCGAUGGAGGAAACGAUUUACCUGCGAUGGGCGUUGCAGGGUUUGGGAUCGCGUGGAACGCGAAACCAAGGGUCCAGGAGGCCGCACCUUCGAAACUGAACACCCAAUCGCUGCUAGAUGCGUUUUACAUAUUUGGGUUCACGGACGCUGAGAUUGCAGCCCUAUUGGCGUGA